GAGACCCUGGGUGCCCACAGCAGCUGGCCUUUCCGAGGGCUCGCACCCUCCCCGCCCAGGGGAAGGAAGUGUGGGCGGGCCGCACCCAGCUGGAAGCCCUUGGUGCUGCAUUGGGAGCAGCUGCCCCUGGCAUGCGUACAGCUUAAAACUCGGCCUGGGCAGGUGCGCGCAGGUAAGCAGUGGUGGAAGUGAGCAGCAGCUCUUGCUGCCCAGCCGCCCAUGUGGCCCUUCCAGAGCUGCACACUCUUCCCGCCCCCCACCGAGGCCUGGCUCCAGACGGUCUCCUCGGACCCUGAAGCCCAGGGCUGGGGGGCCUGGGCCAGGUCAGAGAAGACCCCUCUGGAGCCAGGAAGUGGGGGUGGAAGGGAGGCUGAGGAAGAGGAGGAUGGAGACGCAGGCUUCCCACUGUCCCUGCUGGAGUCCGACAGCCUGGCCAAUGGCCCUGAACCUGACCAGGGGCUGGAGGCCAUCAAACUGAAGCUGUGGACCAUGGAGCAGGCCCAGGGGGCGCCGGAGCCACCCAGCAAACAGGAACUGGCCACGGAGGAAGAGGGCGCCAGGGCCAGGCAACUGCUGAGCCCUGAGACUGUGGGUGGCCCCUUCCCUGUGGCCCCCCGGGAGACGGUGGAGGCCGACCACAGAUCCAUCUACGUGGGCAAUGUGGACUAUGGCGGCACGGCCGAGGAGCUGCAGGCCCACUUCCACCCCUGUGGGGAGGUGCACCGCGUCACCAUCCUGUGCGACAAGUUCUCCGGCCAUCCCAAGGGCUAUGCCUACGUGGAGUUCACCACCCAGCUCUCGGCCCAGGCUGCGGUAGAGCUGGAUGAGAGCAUCUUCCGGGGCCGGGUCAUCAAGGUGCUCCCCAAGAGGACCAACUUUCCAGGGAUCAGCUCCACGGACCGCGGGGGCCUUCAGGGGACCAGGGUGGUGGCAGCCCCGUGCAGCAGCCUCCAGGGCAGGCCCCGGUUCCGACCACGUGGGCAGGGCAGGGGACGCGGAAGAUUCUCCAUGUGGUUCUCACCAUACUGAGGGGACGCCUGACUGUGUGGGGUCGACACUGGGCCGGGAGUCAGCAGCUGUGUCCCCGGGGGACCGCUUGUUCCAGACAGGCUGGGUCUGCAGCCACAAGUCACACAGCUGCCCAGUGGGUGGCCGGGCCUAGAGGCCCUGGACAACUGGGCAUCUGAGGUGGGGGAGGCCGGGGAGGCCCAGGUGCUUUGGCCAGCCAGGAUGGGCCACCUCAGCUCGACUCACUCAUUUUAAAGAAAAACAGAAGCAUGUUCGUCUUACGA